AUGGAAAAUCUGAAAACUCUCCUCCAACCGAUCACAACCGCUCUUGCGGAUGAGCUUACUGAAGUUGAAGAACGACUGGAUCGCGUGGUGGCCACAAAACAAGCGUUUCGUGUCCAACUGGAACAGAUGGAUCAGACACCGGAUGAGACACGGUUGUACGAGUCGAAUGUUGCCGUACAGGCUACAGUAAGCCAGUAUUUGGAUCAAGAUGAUGAAGAUGACGAUGAUGAUGAUGAUGAUGAUGAUGAUGAUGAUGAUGAUGAUGAUGAUGUUAAAAAUAAAAGUAAUAUUGAUAAUGACAUUGAAAACGCUAUGCCGAUUAACAUUUAUUGA